AUGGCUGGCGGAAGAGGUAGAAGGAUUGGUGCCAAUAACUCAGCUGAUGAAAUUGCCCAUGCUAUUCACCGAUUGGUUGACGCCAUGCAGCCACAACAGGUGGUGCUACCACAGCCUGCACCACGACCUGUCAGCAUGGAUGAUUUCAUGAGGCACAAACCAGCCAAGUUCAAUGGCAAAGCCACUCCUGACGACGCAGAUGCGUGGAUCAGGGAGUGCGAAAAGAUAUUACGUGUACUAGGCUGCUCAGAUGAACAAAAACUUACCUAUGCCACCUUUCUCUUGGUGAGUGAUGCAGAAUAUUGGUGGGUUGGUAUGCAGCAGCAGAUGGGGACUAGGGAGGAGGAAGUGAACUGGGAGAAUUUCAAAAAGAGAUUUAUGGAAAAAUACUUUCCGGACAAUGCUAAGCAUGAGAGGGAGGUUGAGUUCUUGACUUUGCAACAGGGCAAUAUGACCGUGCAGGCUUAUGUUAACAGAUUUGAGUAUCUGGUGAGGUUUUACACCCAGAAUAUCACCGAGGAAUGGCGCUGUCGGAAAUUUGAGAGGGGUCUGCGACAUGAAUUGCUCAGGGUUCUGGUGCCACUCAGGAUCAGAGAAUUUCCUCUUUUGGUGGAACAAGCAAAAAGUGUAGAACAAUUAGAGAUGGGGCCUAGCCGUGUGGCCAGACCGCAGAGGAAUGUUGCGGAGGCUAGACACCAGAAGAAACCUUAUAACCGACCUCAGACAUCGCCAUCAGGGUUGAAGUGUUUCCAGUGUGGGGGAGCACAUUUAAAAAGAGACUGCCCCAGACUUGCUCGUAACGCGGGGAGUAGUGGAGGAGGGCGAAAAUGUUUUGUUUGUGAUCAACCCGGCCACUUUGCAGACAGGUGCCCUAAUAAAAAGACGGUCACAGAGCCACGACCAUAA